AUGGACGUUUCUCGAAGCCUCUCGAUGGCUACGAAGAGACUGUGUCGUCUUACGACGUCUUCCUUCCUUGCUCCAUUCCUGACACGUGCAUCGACGCCAUGCAUAGCAACAGCUGCUCGAGGCUUUUCCUCUGCCCCAGUCCUGUCCGCAGUGGGCGGUUCUCGGCCUUUAUCAGACAAAGAAAAGGCUGCAAGGGAGAAGAUCAAGAGAAGGAGGAAGAAGCAUAGAGCGUACAAGCAAUACAACCUCAAAGACAUUGAGCAAUUCACUCUGUGCGAAGCAAUGAGAUAUAUCAAAGCAUUCGAAAUUGGCCGCGAGCCCGACUCGCCAAAAUAUGACAUUCAUAUCAAACUCCGCACCAAAAAGGAUGGUCCCGUGGUUCGCAAUGCGAUCCGUCUACCAUACCCUGUCAAAACAGACAUAAAAAUCGCGGUGAUUUGUCCUCCCGACUCAACUGCAGCGCAACGAGCGCGAGAAGCCGGCGCCCAUAUCAUUGGGGAAGAGGAAGUAUUUGAACGAAUCAAAGCUGGCAAAAUCGACUUUGAUCGGUGCAUCGCCGUGCCCGAGUCCUUGCAGAAGAUGAACAAAGAGGGGAUACCGAGGAUAUUGGGACCAAGGGGUCUAAUGCCGAAUGUCAAGAUGGGCUCUGUUGUGUCGAAUCCGGGACCUGCUGUGAGGAAUAUGAUGGGUGGCAGUACGUAUAGAGAAAGACAAGGCGUGGUAAGGAUGGCAGUGGGAAGACUGAGCUUUACACCGGAGCAGCUGCGGGACAACGUGAAGGCAUACGUCAACGCAGUGAAGAAAGACGCGGCCGCUCUGAGUGACCAGAUUGUCAAGGAGAUCUACGAGGUGGUUUUGAGCUCCACGAAUUCCCCUGGCUUUUCUCUGAAUGGGGAUUUCUACAAGCCAGCACCGGGAGCUGCUACUCCCCAACAGUUGGCAGUUGUUUGA